AUUAGUGGGAUGGACUGGGAACCAAACAGGGCGAGGAAAAGGCAAGAUGGCGUUUUGCGGAGAAAUACGUUAUUGUGUUUAUAACAGUUAUGUGUUCCUAAUCGGUGUGUACAUGUAGACAUAUAUGUUGUUGAACAGAGUAAACAUUGUUCAUCUUUGUUUGGGUCUGGAUACAUCAGUCUAAGAGCACUUUGCUGUUUCUCGUGCUAGCUCAGCUUGCUAGUUAGCUUAGCUUGUUAGCUGCUAACAAAGACACGCAGUAGUGAUCAAAACACAUCGCUAAGCAAAGAUCAAGUGUGAGUGUAAAGUGUUGUGAUUGUGUGAAAAUGUGCGAAAGAACGAUAGUAGAGUACGAGGAGGAACUUUCUCGAACAAAAGAGGGGAAGGAGCGACAACGUCAACUACUGGACGCUGUUUUCAAGAAACAUCAAGUUGUGUUACACAGAACAGACGUCAGUGAAGAACAUCUUCUCCCUGAGCAACAGGGGUGGCGCUUCAGGAUGGAUAAGGAGGAGCCACAACCCUCCCACAUUGAGGAAGAAGAGGUGCCACAGACACAGCACAUUAAAAAGGAAGAGGAGUACCCACUGACCUUGUAUUUCAAAGACGAAAUGGAGGCACAAGAGACCCCGCACAAUAAAAAAGAAAAUUACCCACUGACCUCCCACUUUAAAGAGGAAGAGGAGGAGCCACUGUCCCCCCACAUUAAGGAGGAAGAGGAGAAACACAGCAUCAGUCAGGCGGGAGAGCAUCUUGAAUAGUUCGAGGAGUUCCCAGUGAUUGGUGUGAUUGUGAAGAGUGAAGAUGAUGAGGUCAAAGGUGAAAGUGAGGAGAAGAGAGAGGCGGAGCCUCCAAGCAGCAGCUCAACUCAACACAUGACAACAGAAGCUGAUGGAGACCACUGUGGAGGAUCUCAAGCAGACAAGAUCUUAGCUCCACUAUCAGAUAGUGACGACACAACGUCUCACUCUCCUGACACUGAUGAUGAAGACUCGAAAGAUGAUAAGACAUGUCACACUGACAACACACGCUUGACAUGUUCUCGCUGUGACAAAACUUUUAGUUACCGUGGUAAUCUAAAAGUACACAUGAGAAUCCACACUGGAGAAAACCCUUUUUCUUGUUCAGUCUGCAGUAAAAGAUUUGGACGGAAAAAUGUGUUGAAUAGACACAUGAAAACACACACUGGAGAAAAGCCUUUUUCGUGUUCAGUAUAUGGUAAAGGUUUUGUACAAAGAGGUAAUCUGAAAGUACACAUGAGAAAACACACGGGAGAAAAACCUUUUUCAUGUUCAUAAUGUGGUAAGAGUUUUAUAGAAAGUGGUAUGUUGAAAACACAAAUGAUAAUACACACUAGAGAGAAACCUUUUUCAUGUUCAGAGCGUGGUAAAGGUUUUACAAAGGCUGUGAGUUGGAAGUACACGUAAGAACACACACCAGAGAAAAACCAUUCAUGUGCUCAUAUUGUGGUAAAAGAUUCCCCCAAAAGACAAAUUUGAUAAGACAAACAAGAAUACACACUGGAGAAAAACCUUUUAUCUGUUCAGUAUGUGGUAAAGGUUUUACACAAAGGGAGUCUUUGAAAACACACACAAUAAUACACACUAGAGGGGAAGUGUUGAGUUGCAGUGUGUGUGGUGAACGUUUCUCUUCUAAGUACAAGUGUAAGAAACACAAGUGUGCUGGUGAGAACAGCAGCAGCAAAUGAAGAUGCAGGAUUUCAAAUAAACUGUCAAAUGUCCUUUAAAUUUAAACAAUUUGGGUUGUGACAUUGACGAGCGAACAGAAUUUAUUGACUGGCUCAUUAACAUGAACCAUAUUCAACUAAUUAGGCUCUCCUCUCUGCUCUGAUUGCAGCUGGGACUGCUGCGCGAGGCUACUGUCAACCUGACAGCCUGUAAAAAGGGGCUCAUGGCAGCACCCGCUGCUCAAUGACGACAUAAACUGCAGCCUGAUGCCUAUUUUCAUUUCUCCAAAACAUCCCCAAAUAGUGGCUAUGUUUGUCGCUAGUCACUUUUGGGGAGAAAAGAGUUAAAAAGUCUGCAGAUUUAUCUAGAAACUCAGACAGAAAACACUGUAGUGGUUGUGGGAUAUAAUCCCUCACUUUGUAAUUCAUACAUCACAUUUGCAGCUCAGCAGCCAUUGUUUCAUCAAACACAUGAAAUAAUUGAAUACAUGUCACUUUUCACUCCUCUAUUAGUCUGAAGUCUUUUCUUUUCACACCUUUACUCUUUUUUUCCCCCUUCAUUGACAUUUCUAGAAGUACAUUUGAAAUGUUUCCUCUUAAUGCUGCUGCUGCUCCUGGUACAUGUACUUUCAUCUUUCCUGCAUCAAGAUAGCUCAGCUUCACAAUGUUUGAAUAUUGACUGCUGAUAUUAAUAUUCUUCUAUUAUUUAGCAUAUUUCACUUUACUCUUUUCUUUUUCUUUGCUCAAAUGAACUGGACGAAAGUGUCUUUGAUUGUCACUGCUUAGUGCAAUUAUAUAUAAUUAUGUAUAUAAUAACUUGCCAUUCGUCAUCUUCAUUAGUAAUUGAUUUAGCUCUCAUCUUAUUUCAUCCAGAGAGAAUUUCACCAUAAAAAGAUGGCUGCACAUCAACAAACUGUCAAUCAACUUAAAUAAAACUAAGUAUAUCAUUUUUGUAUUUUGUAAAAAUGUAAAACACAUAUUGAUGGAUAAUAUUGAAAUAAAAAGAGUAAAGGUAAUUACAUUUUUGUAGUUAUGAAUGAAAAUCUAAGCUGGAAACUACAAACCCCAAAACCAGUGAAUUUGGCACGUUGUGUAAAUCGUAAAUAAAAACAAAAUACAAUGAUUUGCAAAUCCUUUUUAACCUAUAUUCAAUUGAACAGACUGCAAAGACAAGAUACUUAAAGGGGAUCAUUAUCACCAGACCUAUGUAAGCGUCAAUAUAUACCUCUAUGUUGCAGAAAAAAGACCAUAUAUUUUUUUAACCGAUUUCCGAACUCUAAAUGGGUGAAUUUUGGCGAAUUAAACGCCUUUCUAUUAUUCGCUCUCGGAGCGAUGACGUCACAUUGGGAAGUAAUCCGCCAUUUUCUCACUUUCGUCGGUGUGUUGUCGGAGGGUGUAACAACACGAACAGGGACGGAUUCAAGUUGCACCAGUGGCCCAAAGAUGCGAACGUGGCAAGAAAUUGGACGAAAUUUGUUCAAAAUACGAGGGUGUGGGGAAAGCCGACGAAAUGGUCAGUCGUUUGUUC